UUAUGCAGCGCCGCGUCAGUAAUUAUUCGACAACGAAGAAAUGAUGUUGAAAAUAAUACUGUGUGGCCUUUUGGUCGCUGUCAAUGGAGCGCCCCAAGUAAGAAGAGGUUUCGAUCUCUUCAGGGAACAAGAAGCCUUAUGGAGAGAAUUCGAAAACAAUUUUGACAAAUUUGAAAAUAAAAUGCACCAUUUUUUAGAUAACAUCGAAAAAGUCGAUAUUACGGAUCGUGUUGAGGGUGAUACAUACGUGAUAUCUAUGGUAAUAGCUGGUCUAGCAGAGAGUGAAAUAUCGGUGAAGCGUGGCGGAAGACAGCUAGUGGUGGAGGGUCACAGCGCUGAUGGUUCCGUUAUAUUAUAUUCUAGCAGAAUGUUGCCGCCGUAUGUCGGUGAAUCGGGUAAUUGGACAUAUGAGAAUGAUGUUCUGAAAAUAGUUUUCCCCAUACUUCACCAGCCGCAGUCACCGCCUGCUAAAACGAGACCUGUAUUCGUCAACGAGAAAAAACCGAAUGUGAAACAUGAUCAGGGUGCGGCUGCUGGUACCGGUGCAAACAAUACAGCCCCUGAAAAUGAACUGCCACAGAUGAAAGAAAAACAAUCAAUAAAUUUGGACUCUGAUGUUGAAAUGGUGCAAGUUUAGAUUGGGAAGAACGGUGUAGUAUUUAAAAAAUUGCCUCAGAAGCAGUUUGUGACUAACAAAAAGGUACAUUUAAUUAGUAUUGGUACACUUAGCAUUAUAUGUAUUUCCGUUGUUCUCAACAACUGAGGAAAGUUCAAGAGCUUUCGCGUUCAAUUGAACUUAUCUAUGUAAUUCAAUAUCAGGAAUUUCUUAAAUGUAUAAAAUCGACACGAAAUUUGAUAAAAAAUUUAUAUUGAUAGUUUAAAAUUUAUUAGAAUUGUAUAUUAUCAUUAAUAUGAAUUAAUAAAGUUUUGUAUGUGUUUAUUUAAA